CCGAAAACCAAAAAAAGCCACGGGAGAGAGAGACGAAGAAGAACAGAGGAAGGUCAAGCGACGAGAAAGACGAACCAUAGGAACGAGAAUCUACGGAUACUGUAUACGAAAUACGUAUACGAAUACGUAUAAUCGUGUGUACUUGUACUCAUUUCUCUCAACGUAGCGUUAGAGACAGUAGUUCCUCCCAGAAGCCCUCCGAUUCCGGCGAAUAAGCAUUUCCGCCUCGCGAACCUAAGCCGGAAUAUGGACCAACUGAAUCAAGGCUCGAGCUCGGAUUUUACAAAUAAGCGAAAAAGGGGUCGUCCUUGCAGAGAAGAAAGCCAGGCUCAUCAACGAGUGAAGCCACCUGUUACUAGCAUCGAUGAGGAUCUGAUAGGUCAAGUGGUUUCUGGUGUUGUUGAAGGUUCUUUCGAGGCAGGUUACUUUCUCAACGUUAAGGUCGCUGACACGGAUAAGCAAUUGAAAGGACUCGUCUUCUUACCAGAUAAAGUCACUCCGGUUACUCCAACGACUGAUUUGUUUCCCCAAGCUAAGAUGUAUGCAAGAGAAGAUAUCCUAUUUCGCUCUCCAAACCAACAAACUCUUCCUCAGGGGAAGAAAAACGCUGGGAACCAAACUGAUGACAUUGGUUCUUCUGAGCGUCAAACCGAUGUUCAUCCAAUGAGCGAUGCUAUUGAUGAGAUGAAUCAUCCUAUGGAUACAGAGAUGAAAGAUGUUGGUGGUUCUUCUGCAGAGGAGAAACACGAUGAACUUGAAGGCCAAACCCUCUCUCUGAUGCCUCAGUUUGGUAGUGAUGAUGUACACAAAAAGGAUCACACUCUUCUGACAUCUGAAGCUUGUGAAGCAAGUAAGACAGACACUACUACUUCACCUAAAGAUUCAGAUGCUGAAGGUUGUACCACUACUUUCGUUGAUUUCUUUCCAGCAUCUGCAACAAAUCGAAGCCAAGCCACGGGAUCCAGCUCUACUUUGAGCCUCGAACUCUUUCAGAACGAGACUAAAGGGGUGGGAACUGAGGAGGAGAAAUCUCCUGCGGAUGGUGAACUUCGUGGACUCGUGGAGAAAUCUCCUGCGGCUUCUCCCGUUGAUGAUGUCCCAGAGGAGCUUCAGCUCGAGCUUGGCAACAAGAAGAUGAGUGGUGCUUCAGCCAUUGCUACUGAAGCAAAUCAGUCUGUUUCAUCAAAAGGUGGGUUUUUGGCGAAUUUGUUUGAAGGAAGAGAAGAGACGUCGAAUAAACCAGAAGAAACUAAUGCAGGUUCGGAGAGUGGUGGCUUCCCAGAGGCAACAACACAAAUAUUUUUGUGUUUUGACGCAGAGGUGGCUUCGGAAAAUCCCAAAAAGAAUACUUCAGCUGACUCUGGAUUUAACCUGCCUGGUAGGCUUCCUUUAAGAUCGUACAAAGUGGAG